CACCAGCCAACAUUGUUUACAAUGCUUUCCCCAAGGUUAUCUUCGCUGGCAUCUCACGCGUUAACCAGGUAAAUCUCUUAGUUAUCUAGGUAGUACUACGGCUGUAACUAUGACGGCGAUAGAAUCCCCCGAAGACCUGUGCGAGUUGAGGGCUACGGAAGAUAAGGGACUGGGCCUUUUCGCGACUCGGGAUAUCCAGGCUGGCGAACAGGUUAUUUUAGACAGGCAGAUUCUCGGAUGCCGGGAUUACCCCGAUCUGGCGCAGCGUACAUUCGAGGCUAUCCGGGAGUUCGACAAGCUGAGCAAAUCUGACCAAGACGACUACUUGUCGCUAUACUCGUGGCAAGAACCGACGGUAGUGGAGGAGCUACGUCAAUUGUUGGCCGGGCCGACCCACGGAGCGAUACCCCUGGAUCAAAUCGAGCCAUCCAUACGAGUAGUAACGAUCCUGCGAUCCAACGGUUUCCAGCAAUACGAAAACAGGUUAGGAGAAGACGGGGAAGUUGCCUGGGGUAGACGUACCGUCUUCCCAUGGGCAAGCCGAUUUAAUCAUUCCUGCGACCCGAAUCUGGUCUGGUCGACGAGUUGGGUGCCGGGGUACUGGCAAGCCAGAGCGAAUCGGGACAUCGAAGAAGGCACCGAGCUGACCAUCAGCUACGUUCCCGCCGGCUUGCCGCAUGAAGAGCGCCGGAAGCAGCUCAGCCGGUACUGGGGAUUUAUCUGCGCCUGCGACUUGUGCGAGAGAUCCGAUUCGGCUGUCGACGAGGAGACUAAGGAUGCCCGACAGACGUUACAAGAAGGUUACGAGCAGGAAGGAGGGACCAUAGCGGUGCAGCAGGGCACGAGUGAAGAGAUAAUUACGAGGUACGAGCGGCGCAUACAGAUACUAGAUCAGCCUCGAUCGUUGUCACAGCUGUAUUUCGCGUACUUGGACGCGGCGGAUUUCUGCCAGCAUCUUGCCGAGAACAAUUCCAAAGAAGAAUUGGCGCAUCUCGAGGAGCGCGUACAGCUACUGGAGCAGGCAUAUGCGACGGGAGUGCAGGUCUGGGGCCCCGGGGACCAGAUGGUUCUCGACACGGCAUGGCACAUCAAGACGUUGAAACAAAGACUCGGCAAAGCAGGGGUGAGCGUGUAAGCUAGAAGUAUCGAUACGCCAGAAAAUGACUUCUGCAU